AUGGGGUCUAAACGUCAAGUUAUUCCUUUGAAAACAAAGGUAGCAUUGUGUCAAUACAAAAAAGAUAAUUCUGCCAUCACUCAUGAACAACUAAAGGAGAAAUUUGUACUUAAUAGUCACCAAACAAUCACCGACAUUCUUAACAAAAAGAAUAAGUAUAUAGAGGCGGCUAAGCAAGCAGAAGUUGUUCAAAGGCAUGUACAAAGCAAGAGAUUGCACGAAUGUGAGCAUCCAGAGAUCGACAAAGCAAUACAGUUUUGGUUUACUCAAGCAAGGGAAAAUCAUGUCAUCUUGACAGAUGCAAUUAGCAUCGCCAAAGCUCUUGAUUCUGCAGAAUCUAUAGAUAAAAAUCACAAGAUUCUGUUGUUGAUGGACAAUGCUACUCCUCGUGACAUCGAGAAAUACGAAAGUCAAUUAACGCUUAAUAAGGUUCAUCAUCUCCCACCUAAUACGACAUCACACCUUCAACCUGCUAAUGUUGGUAUAAUUGUAAAUUUUAAAGUUAAGUACAAAAGUCAUUUCAUCAAGCAUUUGAUCGAUGAAUAUGAGUGCAAUGAGAGCUAUCCAUUAUAUAGUGACAAUACAUUUAAUAUCCGACAAGUUAUUAACAUUCUAGUAGAAGCAAGGAAUGAUGUGAAGGCCUCCACCAUUCUCCAUUGUUGGAAAAAGAGUGGAAUCCUACCUACAGAUGACAAUCCCAAUAUUGAUAGUGAAAACCUUGAACUAGUCGAGGAUGUUGGGAAUGUAUCAUCACUUAUAGCUCAAAUCCCAUAUGAUAACAUCAAUGAGAUGAUAGAUGCUAUCACAUAUGUGCAAUUUGAUGCAACACUUCCAAUCAUUGAGGCUUUCACUGAUGAAGAAAUUAUUGCCCAAGUUAUUGGAGUAGAAGAAGAAGACACUGUGGAGGCAGAUGAAAGUGCUGAUGAAGAACCUCAACCUACUGCUACUGGACUGAGAUAG